GACGACGGUGGGCUCGGCGGCGCGGGCAUGGACGCCGAGUACCCUGCCUUCGAGCCCCCGCUCUGCAGCGAGCUCAAGCACCUGUGCAGGCGGCUGCAGGAGGCGUACCGCGAGCUGAGGGAGGACCUCACGCCUUUCAAAGAUGACCGCUACUACCGGUUGGCACCCAUGCGGCUCUACACGCUCUCCAAGCGCCACUUUGUCCUCGUGUUUGUCGUCUUCUUCAUCUGCUUUGGCCUGACUGUCUUCGUGGGGAUCAGAGGACCCAAAGUAAUCCAGACUUCUGCAGCGAAUUUUUCACUAAAUAAUAGCAAAGUGAGCACCUUGGGGCUUAGGAAGUGGUGGGUACUAGCUCUCAGGCACCAAAGGGUGGUGAACUCUCAGUUCCUCGCGUCUCUAAAGCCAAUUCAGAUCCGUUCGAAUCCCCUGUCUACAUAUAAGCAGCAACUGUGGCUGACAUGUGUUGUUGAGUUGGAUCAUUCCGAAGAAACUUCUAUUCAGACAAGCUUUUCCAUGACUGUCAAAGUCAAUGGUGUGGCUCAGGAUGGAACCAUGAUGUACAUUCAUAACAAGGUUCACAAUCGGACGAGGCCCUCACAUGUGCAGGGGUGAGUAUCUUCCUUGUGUUUGCAGAAGUGUGACGAGAUCAUUGUGGCUCACCUCGGCUACCUAAAUUAUACGCAGUACACGGUAACGGUGGGAUUCGAGCACCUGAAGCAGCUCGUCAAGGAGAUGAACUUCACGUGGAAGACUUACGACCCAGCGUUUUCCAAGUUGGAAAUUUGGUUCCGCUUUGUCUUCGUGGUGCUCACCUUCAUCGUCACGUGCCUGUUUGCGCAUUCCCUGCGCAAGUUCUCCAUGAGAGACUGGGGCAUCGAGCAGAAGUGGAUGUCUGUCCUCCUGCCGCUGCUGCUGCUGUACAACGACCCGUUCUUCCCCCUCUCCUUCCUGGUGAACAGCUGGUUCCCAGGGAUGCUGGACGAUCUCUUCCAGUCUGUGUUCCUGUGCGCCUUGCUGCUCUUCUGGCUGUGUGUGUACCACGGAAUACGGGUCCAGGGAGAAAGAAAGUGUUUGACUUUCUAUUUGCCUAAAUUCUUCAUUGUGGGACUUUUGUGGUUGGCUUCUGUUACACUAGGAAUAUGGCAAACAGUUAAUGAAUUACAUGACCCAAUGUACCAGUAUCGAGUUGACACCGGAAACUUUCAGGGAAUGAAGGUCUUCUUCCUGGUGGUGGCAGCCGUGUACAUCUCGUACCUCCUGUUCCUGGUGGUGCGGGCGUGCUCUGAGCUCCGCCACAUGCCUUACGUGGAUCUCAGGUUAAAGUUUUUGACGGCGUUGACCUUUGUAGUGCUUGUCAUUAGCAUCAUCAUCCUUUAUUUAAGGUUUGGAGCCCAAGUACUGCAGGACAACUUUGUGGCAGAACUGUCAGCUCACUACCAGAAUUCAGCUGAGUUCCUGUCGUUCUAUGGCUUGCUGAACUUUUAUCUCUACACGUUGGCCUUUGUGUAUUCUCCAUCAAAGAACGCUCUGUAUGAAUCCCAGCUGAAAGACAAUCCUGCGUUUUCCAUGCUGAGCUCCGAUGAUGAUGUGAUUUAUGGUGACUAUGAAGAGAUGCCCCUGCAGAACGGCCAGGCCAUCCGGGCCAAGUACAAGGAGGAGUCCGACAGCGACUGAGCUCUGGGCGGUGGGCCAGGCGCAGAGGCCAGAUGCCUCCCCUCAGCCUGCUUGUGUUUAGACUUUUCCUGUAAGAAAGGUUCCUGUUCCUUAUUUGUUUACAUAUUUUUAAAAAGAAAAACCAAACCUGAGGGAAAAUCUAUAUGUUGGGCCAAUUUGCUCCUUAUAUGGGAAAAGGCUGAUAAAAGGCAUAAAAAGCCAAAUCCUUUCUACAGAUGAGAGAGCAUGUUUUCAGUAGUGAGACAUCACCAGUUUUUAGUAGAGUUACGCACCUUGUUUUUUAAGAUAAUUCACUAAUUUUGAGUCCAUGGGAAGCCUUGUUUACUUCCUUCCCUCUCUUCUGUUUUUUUUUUUUUUUUUUUUAACGUUUAGACCCAAAAGGAAGCCUGUUUCUGUGGCCAUAUGGGUGGGCAGUCCUUCCCUGGGCAGUGGUUGGGGCCCUGGGUUCCCCAGAAUCUAGAACCAUCACAUCAGCUGCAUUUGGUGAGCCAUGUAUGGCGCAUCUCACUGGGGAGUGGCGGGGGCCUGGGCUCCAGCCCUUCACCGCUGGAGCAGAGGUGAUAGUGACAGCAGAAGUGAAUUCUGAGGAGCUUUGGUAAGCUGAAGGAGAAACCACAGUUAACAAGUCACCAGCUCUGCGGGCAAGGUUCUGUGCCAUGGUGCUUUCCCAGGGUGUGUGCACACACCUAAAGAUGGCGGAUCUCCCUGUGGUUGGGAACAGGGUAGCCCUUCUUGUUCCAAUAGCUUCUGCAACUCUGUUGAACAUGAAGCCCUAUAGAGCUUUAUUUUUUUAAAUAAAAGCUACAUGAAUGAUUGCUAUAUUAUAGAUUCUUUAUUGUCAAAAAGUUUUUCAGUUUCCUUUUUUGGAACUAGAUGAAAAGAGAGUAAGAGAUUUUAAAUGGCUAUGGAAACACAUCUUUGGGUAACUUGUCUGGAAGUCACUCCCUGUCCUCCAGUGAGUCUCACGGUAGCCAGGUGAGCAGAUACAUUGCCCCAUGGAAAAUAGACAUCCCUGGUGCUGGUGAAGCUUGGGCAUCAGAGGUCCUUUUCCAUCCUGUCAGAGGCAGUCGAGGUUCCCUUGCUCCUCCCUGGCCACACACGGUGUCUGUUAACAUGGAUACUGUCCUGUCUGCUGCCGUCUUGGCCACAGAGGCCCAGGAGUGGCGCAUCGGCGCUCCAGGCAGCACCUACAAUCCCUUCAUCCAUGCACCAACUCGUAUUUCCAUCCAGAGCUACAGGUGGCAGUCCACCUCAGGUGGCACCAAGACCAGGGGAGUGUUUGGAGGAGACUGUGCUUUAUGACUUCCUUUUUAAACUUUAAUGAUAAUGUACUUUAUUGGAUUUCUUUUACAUUGUAUUUUUAAAUACCUUGUAAAUAUGACUGUCUGAAACUAUCAUUGCAAGGGUAUUCAAGUUUACAUGACUUUUACAUCUGCAAUGCUGUGAUGACUUUGUGAUUCUGUGUAUUGAAUAGUUUGUUACCAAAUUUACAAUUCCUAAGACUACUCCCAACUAUAAUUUAUGUGUAUUGAAUGAAGACUGACUUGUGCUAACAUAUUCUAAUAUGUGAUGUAGUUUGUAUGUUUUAAUCAUUAUAAAAGAAUUGUCCAUGA